AGCUUGGUGCUAUCUAUCCACCCACCCAUAGCCUGCACUGAGCCAGCCACCGCAAGGAGGAAGAAGAAGAGGGGGAGAGAGGGGGUGAGAAGAAGGUUUCAGUUCAGGCGAGAUGGCGCCGGCGCCGCUGCCCCUGCUCGUCGCCGCCUUCUCCCUGCUCUUCGCGGCGGCGACUCCGAUCAGGGACGUCGCCGACGCCUGCUCCUCGCAAGUGCAGGCUGCAGAUUUCGAGCACCUGAACAGCUCCGCCAUGCACCUCCCGCUGCACCACUCGCGGGGCCCCUGCUCGCCGGUGUCGGCCCCGUCGGACCUCCCCUUCUCAGCGGUGCUCACCCACGACGACUCCCGCAUCGCGUCCCUGGCCGCGCGCCUCGCCAAGGCGCCGUCGUCGUCGUCCUCGGCGCGCCCCACGGUCACGGUGGCCUCGCUCUACCGGGCGAACGACGAGGUCGACGGCGUCGCGGCCUCCCUGGCGUCCGUGCCGCUCACGCCGGGCACGUCGUACGGCGUGGGCAACUACGUGACCCGCAUGGGCCUGGGCACCCCGGCCAAGCCGUACAUCAUGGUGGUGGACACGGGGUCCUCCCUCACCUGGCUCCAGUGCUCCCCCUGCCGGGUGUCGUGCCACCGCCAGUCCGGCCCGGUGUUCGACCCCAAGACGUCCAGCUCCUACGCCGCCGUCUCCUGCUCCACGCCGCAGUGCAACGACCUCUCCACCGCCACGCUCAACCCGGCGGCCUGCUCCUCCUCCGACGUCUGCAUCUACCAGGCCAGCUACGGCGACAGCUCCUUCUCCGUGGGCUACCUCAGCAAGGACACCGUCUCCUUCGGCUCCAACAGCGUGCCCAACUUCUACUACGGGUGCGGGCAGGACAACGAGGGCCUCUUCGGCCGCUCCGCCGGCCUCAUGGGCCUGGCCCGCAACAAGCUCUCGCUGCUCUACCAGCUCGCGCCCACCCUCGGCUACUCCUUCUCCUACUGCCUCCCCUCCUCCUCCUCCUCCGGCUACCUCUCCAUCGGCUCCUACAACCCGGGCCAGUACUCCUACACGCCCAUGGUCUCCAGCACGCUCGACGACUCGCUCUACUUCAUCAAGCUCUCCGGAAUGACCGUCGCCGGCAAGCCGCUGGCCAUCUCCUCCUCCGAGUACUCCAGCCUGCCCACCAUCAUCGACUCCGGCACGGUCAUCACGCGCCUGCCCACCACCGUCUACGACGCCCUCAGCAAGGCGGUGGCGGGGGCCAUGAAGGGGACCAAGCGCGCCGACGCCUACUCCAUCCUCGACACGUGCUUCGUGGGCCAGGCCUCGAGCCUGCGCGUCCCGGCGGUCAGCAUGGCCUUCUCCGGCGGCGCGGCGCUCAAGCUGUCGGCGCAGAACCUGCUCAUCGACGUGGACAGCUCCACGACGUGCCUCGCCUUCGCGCCCGCCAGGAGCGCCGCCAUCAUCGGCAACACCCAGCAGCAGACGUUCAGCGUCGUCUACGACGUCAAGAGCAACAGGAUCGGCUUCGCCGCCGGCGGCUGCAGAUAAUUCCUUUGGAAGAAGGUGCACGCAAGCAGCGCAUGCAUGCGCGGAAUGGGUUUAAUUUAAUUUAAUUUGCUGCAUGCACGUUCACUUUCUCAACUCGUCAGUUCGACCGAUGUUGACGACUACACACCACAAGGUAGAUAAAAAGGAGGUACGUACUAGUAGUUGAUUAAGUGGUGUACAUGCAUGCAUGUUUAGUUAUCACAGCUUCGUUGUGUUACAUAAAAGGAGACACCGAGCACAAAACAUAUUACUGCUAUUUAUAGGAUUGAAGCUAUUUAUAUUGUUCAGACCAGAUAUUGAAAGUGGAAAAAGAAAUGCAUAACUUGAAUGCACGUAGCCAGAAUAUGUGAAAUACUUGUCUCAUGUAAAUUCUUUGGCAAUUACUGGUCAAAAUAAUGUACCACUUCGUAUAGCUAAGUUAAAGGGUGUGCCUUUGUUUCGAAUAUGGCCCUUAGAACUUCAAAAAUUGCUCCUGUUUGAGAACAUGUGAUUUGUAAAAUUGGAAACUGUACACUUUAUUGAUGUGAUCUUUGCAGAAUCAGAAUUGAUUUUAUAACAUUUC